AUGGCAGAAUAUCCACCUCUGCAGGGCGCAUGCUCGUGUGGUCGCAAUCACUACCUCAUCCUUGUGCCUAAACAUCCGAAUCAAACAUUCCAAAUCUUACUUGACGACGCUUCGGAAAACAGUCAUGGUCUUUCCCUCCGCGCUCCUCUCUCCACAAUCCAAAGUACGACCCGAGCAUUCUACCCAGAUGAAAAUCACACAGAUAUUCGGCGCGUCUUCACCCCUGCCCAUGCUCCUCAUACAAAACGCCAUUUCUGUGGCUUCUGUGGCACGCCUCUGAGUCAUUGGUCCGAAGAGCCUCCUACCGAAGCUGAAUACGUCAAUGUCAACCUAGGAAGCCUUAAGACUGAGAGCUUGGAACGUUUGCAAGAGCAUGGGCUACUAGACCCCGAGACGAACGAGGAGGAAGAACGGGCUGAAACAUCUUCACGGGAGGUAACGAGGCAAGCGCAAACAAGAGAGCUGCGCGGCAGUCCAUGGUUCGAGGAGAUGAUUGCAGGAAGUGAGCUUGGUAGAGUCAAGCGAAGGCGAGGGGGACAGACGAGUACCGACGGGACCACAAGCUAUGAGUGGGAAGUUGUCGAGACCGAUGCGGAAGAGGAAGAUACUGGAAGUACAACGAGCAAAAGGAAACACAGAGAUCUGGCUGGGGAAGAUGAGGAUACGGAGAUGCGAAGUACGUAA